UAUACUAUGCACUUAAUGAUGAAAAAACAUCACCAGCAUAACUUGAAUGGUUGGUGUCAAAUAGACUGCAGUAGCUUGGUAGCUAAAUAUAGGCCAAUAGCACAGAGGAUGCCUGAAAUAGGAGCCUUUGGUAAUGUAUUUAUGGAACUGUGCAAAUUUUUUUUUACUGCUCUAUAUUUUGUAAAGUGUUUUUGAUUGUAGAGUGGAUCUAACAGACAAACCUUUGCAGAAAUAAGGCAAUUGUUGGGUUAGGCUAACAAUUAAGAUGGAUUAUAUAUAUUUGUCAUUUAAAAUUUGGAGAAUAUUUGUUGUUUGUUGUUUUAUAUAUGCAAAGAGUCAGCACUGUUUAAAGGGGUCAUCGUAUGCCCUUUUACGAAGUGUAUAUUUUUUGGGGUGGGUCUACUACAAUAGGUAUUCAUGCUUUUUUUUUUCUUCAAAAAACAAAUUUUUCACAUAUUAUACAUUUCUGUAUUACCUCUCUUCCCAGUCUGUCUGAAAUGCUUCUGUUUAGUUAUGGUUUCUAUGAAACCCCUCCUUCCGAAAAGAGCAAUGUGCUCUGAUUGGUCGGGUGGACCAGUGUGUUGUGAUUGGUCGACCACUUUGAGGGUGUUUCCGAUAUGUCACGGCCCUUACCAUAACCGCGAGAUUCAGCUUCUCAGAUGUAAACAUUAACAAUGAUGUCAAUUUUGCCUUACCAAUUCGAGCCCGAAUUGUAAAAGCACAAGCAAAUCGACCAGAACCACAUUUACAAGCAAGACUUGAACAGGACGUUUCACAAUGGUAUGUUUUUAUUUUGUAAUUCUCUUAUACAUCUCAGAUGCAAUGUUAUAAAUUUUUCAAAAGUAACUGCAGUUUCUGUAUACACAAUAUCCAUGUAUUACACAAUAGCUUUCAAAGAGGACAAUAAGCCGGGCGCAUUUCUUCGGGCGAAGGUGGCUCACGGGCCGAGGAGUCUAACGCGCGCGAGUCAGAGGGUGUUCUCAAGGCCCCACGGCGCUAAAGAAUGUAAUGCACAUUUAAUUAUCUUUUCAUAGAACGGGUGUAGCCGAAUCUUUGUCGCAAAACACAAAAGUGAAAAAAGUGGGACCGCAGCUAAAAAAUAUAUCAACACAAUUUAGGUGGCAGAGCCAAACAGCUUUGCACUUAGUCUACAUCGUAGCUACAACACAAUACUUUGAAUUAGAACUGUCAGUAAGAGAAACAUUAACAAAUAAUAAAACAUACAUACAGGUUGUGGUCCGGAAACGCAGCAUUGUCCCGACAAAGUAGGAACUGCUUCAUCUUUCAGGCUUUUGAGAGAAGCCGGCAUUGUAUUCCCCGAAGUUAUGGAAGCUGUCCUCCGUAAAAUGUGCAGCACACAGAUACAUUUUCGGGUUGUAAUGUUCAGGAACAGUGUUAAAAAUAAAUUUUAACCACUGUUCUCUACAUUCUUUGUCCUUAGGAAGGCCAAAAUAAGGGGGUUUGGAACCGGGGUUGAAAAAACAGCGUCUCUUCGACAUGUUGACAACACACUGGCGCUUUUCCACUGCACGGUACAGCUCGGCACGGCUCGUUUUUUUUUUUUACUACAGCAAUUCAACCAGGCCUCACCCCCUUUAUUUUUUGAACAUGCCUUGGGCGGGAAUUAUUUAAAUUAGUGAUGUUGAUGGAUGCUGUGACGUAGAUGGAUCCCGGAAAAAAACUGGAUUCCGGAGUUCAGAAACAGUGUUAAACAAAUAUAGACAAUAACUCGCUUUGGAGUGGACUUUGUGCUUUGUAACUUUACAGAAAUUUUUUAUGCUCAAACAACAACAUUACACACUAAAAGAAGUUGAAAAUGUAAAAAAGCAUACAAUGACCCCUUUAAGAGGUGUUAAACUGUGAAACCUGUGCUGAAAAUAACACGGUUUAAUUUUUACACCUCUAAUCAAAAACAUGCAUUGAUUUAAUUUUCUGUACUAUGGAGUUUUUCUGCUACCUGCUAUUGAUGUUUAAUACAGUAUCAAACAGAAUGUUGCAUAAGGUAUCAUUAAUAAUCUGUUGAUCAGUCAAAAAUACACUCACCGAGCUCUUUAUUAGGAACACUAUGGUCCAAAUAAAAUGCCCGAGGUGGUCUACUGCUGUUGUAGUCCAUCCAUCUCAAAGUUCUAUGUGUUGUGCAUUCUGAGAUGCUAUUCUGUUCACUACAGUUGUACAGAGGGGUUAUCUGAGUUACUGUAGCCUUCCUGUCAGCUCGAACCAAUCUGGCCAUUUUCCGUUGACCUCUCUCAUCAACAAGGUGUUUCUGUCUGCAGAACUGGACUGGAUUGGAUGUUUUUUGUUUUUGGCACCAUUCUGAGUAAACUCUAGAGACUGUUAUGCGUGAAAAUCCCAGGAGAUCAGCAGUUACAGAAAUACUCAAACCAGCCUGUCUGGCACCAACAAUCAUGCCACGGUUGAAAUCACUGAGAUCACAUUUUUUCCCAUUCUGAUGUUUGAUGUGAACAUUAACUGAAGCUCCUGACCUGUAUCUGCAUGAUUUUAUGCAUUGCACUGCUGCCACAUGAUUGGCUGAUUAGAUAAUCACAUGAAUAAGUAGGUGUACAGGUGUUCCUAAUGAAGUGCUCUGUGAGUGUAUCUUUAUGUCUUUCCUCAGCAUAAUUUAAUUUGCAUUUCAGGGAGAUAUAACGGUGAAUAAAUGCUUUCAAAAUCUGGUAUUUUUAGGCCACUUCCUCCACUUAAAAUAUAAUCUAAAAUGCUUUUGAAUCAAUCAGGUGUUUUUGACCUGAUCUUGUAUUUUUCAUCAUAAGCUUUGCUGAUUUCAUCUGCAUACAUUUCUAUAUAAUUGAGAAAGGGGGUUUGGAAGUGUGUGUAUAUCUCUCUCACCUUGUUUUUAUGAGUGGGUGGUCUCAGUAGGGUCAUUGUGAUGCUGAGAGGGGACUCCUCUUCUUCAUGCUCUGGGUUCACGGUGAGGGCAGCUCACAGACUGUAAACAUGGCAUGGGACACAGCUGCAGGACCAUGCCCCAUCUUUAGGGGUGGUGAGCUGUUUAACGGCCAUGAGGGAAACAUCAUCGCCCCAGGCUUAUGGUUUAGCUAGUUCAGACCAUAAUGAAACUCUGUUACUGUACCAGACCAGAAGUGACCCAUGUCCUCCCAGGUCAGUACAUGGGUUGGGCCCAUGUGGUUUGUGCACUUUACAUCCCAGAGGUGGAGUUCGCCAAUGUAUCCACCAUGGAGCCCAUUGUGCUUCAGUCUGUCCCCCAUGAACGUUAUAACAAGACGUGCUACAUCUGUGAGGAACAAGGCCGAGAGAGUAAAGCUGCGAGUGGAGCCUGCAUGACAUGCAACAAACAUGGCUGCCGACAGGCAUUUCAUGUCACAUGCGCUCAGCUUGCUGGGUUGCUGUGUGAAGAACAGGGUUCAGAUGCUGAUAAUGUGAAAUACUGUGGAUACUGCAAGUACCAUUACAGCAAACUGAGAAGGAGCAAAGGCCGUGGUAGUAGGGCUCAAAGCUUAAGUGAUUCUUCCACUCACUCUUUGGAUAAGCACCAUGACAAGGAAAAGAAGAAACAUAAAGAGAGAGAUCGGCAUAAACCAAAGCACAAAAAGCCUUUGGAAAUCUCACCCUCACUGGUACCAGCACUGAUGGUGACCUCCGAGAAGAGCUACAACAGCAGCAGUGGAGGAAGUGUCUCCUCCUCUCAGAAGCGGCUGGAUGACAGCGGAGGCCGCUUCACCAAUGCUAACUUCCAGGAAGUUCCGUCUCACUCCAGUUCCAGUUCCAAGGAUGGCGGCUCCUCGGAUGGCAAGAGCUCUGAGGGCAAGAUCAAGAAGUCCAGCAGUCACAGCACCAGCUCAAGCUCUGGGUCAAGGGGCCGCAAGUCCACAAUGGGCAAACCCCAUGGCCCUGUGGUUACCACGGCGACUUCAUCCACGGCCCCCUCCUCAUCCAGUCCGUUUCAGCAAGGUCUUUUAUUAGGUAGCAGCAGCAGUAAAUCUGCCACUAGUGGAUCUGUAGUCCAGCCCACCUCCGAUUUCCUCAGCUUCUCUGAGUCCAGUCUGAGGGCUGGUGACUCGUACACACCUCCUUCCUUUGGCCGCUGCCACAUGAAGGGUGGUGCAGAGGGUGGAGCCUCUGAGGGCAUGGUGGCUCUCAACACCUUCAGCAUGAUGUCUCUCCCACAAAGCUCCAGCUCCAUUAAGCAUUACGAAAACUGUCACUCGUCCGGAAAGCUUUGCAGCCUGGCCUCGGCCAGCUACAAACGCCCCCAGCCCUCCUCAUCCUCUUCCUCCGCAACAUCAUCUUCCUCUACUGGUGAAGAUGGAGUAAAGAAAAAAAAGCGAGGAAACUGGAGGAAUCGGUAUGGACCGUGCUUCAGCUCCCAGGACAGUAAGACCACAGAGGCGGGAGACAACGGAGCCACACUGCCCUCCUCCACCUCCCCCUCACCAUCCUCCAUGAGCACUAUAGCCUGCCGUGCGAGCACCGUCAGCAGUACUGGAGGUGUCGGAGCUAUUAGCACCAGUCUGGGGAUUCAAAAGUCCCCAUCUCUCCUCAGGAAUGGAAGCUUACAGAAUAUGACUGUCAGCUCCCCACCUGCUGGACCAGUCUCGUACCCCAGCAGUAGCGAUGUAGCCUGCCCGUUGCCCAGUGUGGUUCUUGGAGGGUCUCUGUCUGGAUCCAACUCUGAGUUCCCCGCUCAUCAGUCAGUGGUCACUUCCAUGCCCAACCUCACCUCACUGCCCCCAACGGCCCCUUUCACCAGCACCUCAUCCACACAUUCAAACUCACUACCGGGAAACUUUAACCUGGCACCAUCCCAUAUGUUUGGAAACCGGCUGAACCCAAAUUCGGCCAUGGCUGCCCUGAUCGCCCAGUCUGAGAGCUGCCCAGCAGAUCAGGAGCUGGGAGACGGAGCUCUCGGUUUCUCCAGAAGAGGAAACUCACCAAAGGCAAACCUCUCCCCUCGGUCCCCAUUAAGUGGGCUGCACAUCCAAUAUGACUCGUCAGGACCGUUGGUUCCGGGGCUGGGCUCUGGUACGGAUACGCUGCCCCCUGUGGCCACCAGCAUCGACCAGCUGCUAGAAAGACAAUGGAACGAAGGACAGCAGUUCCUCCUCCAACAGGGUUCACAGGGAGAUGUGCUGGGAAUGCUGAAAUCCCUGCAUCAGCUCCAGGUGGAGAACCGGCGUCUUGAAGAGCAUAUCCGAACUCUCACCAUGAAAAAGGAACGCCUGCAGCUCUUGAGCGCUCAGCUCUCUGUGCCUUUCACCCCCACAAGCACCCCCGCCACCACUGCCUCUUCUCCUAUGUACCCCAGCAACACUCACACAGACAUGCUGCACAGCAAGAGCAAUCAGCUAGGCAGCAGUGUUUUAACAGAGUCCUCUCAACCCUUGCCCACUCAGGAUCCCCUGUCUGGUGGCCAUAGUAGUGGAAGUAGCACCUCCUCUCUCUCCACCCCUCCUUCUGCAGCUCACAGUCCCCCUCAGCAGCAGGUAAAUGGAGUCGGCAUGGCCGGGGUGCCCAUCCAACCUGGCAAUGCCAACUCGUGCCUGCCUGGCUUCGCUGGGGUGACAGGUCUGAUGGGUGCUCUGCACGGGAACCACCUGGCCAUGAGUGGUAUUGUGGGUACCCUGAAUGGAGUGAUCCAGACCUCCCCCAGCCUGGCCCAGAACAGCAGCCCUCUGCCCCAUCCCUCUGCAGUUACCAGCAGUUCUCUGCCCAUGUCCAACAGCCUCAAUAGCAGUGCAGCAAGGCUUCUCACUGAACAACACAGACAGAUCCUCCUCCAUCAGCAUCAACUACAGCAGCUUUUCAACUCCCAGCAUCCCACAUUGGAGCGGUUAAAUCUGAAAUCAAAGAAAAAUAAACAGGAACAGCAGCAAGUUCUGCUCUAUCAGUUAAUGCAGCAGCAACAACAACAACAGAAUGACAUACAACUGCAACAGCUGCCCAUCAACAGCCUCUUGCCCAGCAACCAACCAGCCAUCUCCACCAACCCCUUCCUCGCCAUGCACAAUGACAAUAGUGCUCCCAAAACUGGAAGGCUGGGGGAGAAGGCUGUGUCUGUCACAGGACAUGAGAAGACUUGAUGCAGAAAACAAGAAUUUGGAGGAGUUCUGCCUUAUGGAGUCUCUCAUAUUUACCCACCCCUAGAGGCUGACUGUCUGCGCAUCAAAACCAGAAUAUUCCCCCACUGUACGAAACCCUCACCAGCACCAGCCUUGAUAUGUAAACACACACACUUGCCAGUUUGAUGCCCAUCUGGCAAAAAAACAUGUUGCACUGAUUUUGAGUAAAUCGCUUGCUGUAAACUUCAGGGUCCCAUGGGGGCCAAAAGACAGGCUUACACAGACACACGUAUAUGCGCGCACACAGUUUCUUUCACCCUGCCAGUGCUGAAAAUGACACACUGGUGCAAGUCGCUAUGAGAGGAUGGUGUAGACUGAGGUCUUGGAUGGGGACUGAAACUUCUCAUGCUCGUCACUGUUACCUCUCUGUACCCCUUUAACAGAAACGUGUAACAAUAAUCUCAAUAAAACCCUGUCGUAUUUGUUUGUGUAUAUAAAGGCAUCAAAUGUUUCAAAGCUGAAGUGAUCAGAUAUUUGUGCACCAUGAAGGCCUUCUCUGCAUCCUGAUCUUGAGCUUCCCCAGUGAGGAGGCGUUCCAAAGGUCCACGGACUAUCUCGCUGACCCUGCUGCACUCUUCGAAGAACAACUACCUCUCAAGCCAAGACAAAUAGACCAGGCCCUGAACCCAAGUGCCUGGCUCCAUUCUCCAAGCUCUCAGCGGGGGCAGUGCUGGAGAUGCUGCCUGUCUCUCCCUUUUGUCUUUUUUUUUUUUUCCUCCAAUUGAUCCGUUUUGUCAAAUGAAUUCGUAAUACCAAUCAGCGUCGCUCAGGCAAUACCUAGUUCAGAGUUACAUGGAGCUCUGCCUGUACAGUGACUACACUGAAAACUGAUUUCUGAUAUUGAAUGUUUGUGCUGCAUUGAUGAUUUUUGAAGCCAACUUUAUACUCUUUUAUUUUUUAUUUUUUUAUUUAUUUGCAUUCAUUGCAUGUUGGGUGCAAGGUAAUAUAUUUUAACACCCAACUCAUGAAAUGUUUUUAUACUACUGUACAAAAUUCUCAGCUCUUAAGUCUUGUAAACAUUUUAAUGAACAUGUCUGGUUUUUGAAGUUAUAAAAAAGAAAAAAGCCUACUUCACCAUGAAGUUUCAUGGUCCUGUAAAUAUGCCUGUUUUUUCCUUUGUCGUUAUGUAAAGCAGAUGCAUAUUGGAUUAAGAAUAAGCUGUCAGAAUAAAUAAGAUUUAGUUAGCACAGUUUUACCUCUUUUUGUUGUUGUUGUAAAUAAAUAUUUGUGAUUCACUUAGUGGUGUGAAGGACUGUUUUAAAGCACUGUCAUUGUGUUCAGAUCUUUUCCAAAAGGCUUUCCACAAGACUGGUGACUGGAUAAAGUGUAUUAAUUUAUUUUUGUAUGUGCAGGGACUUUUUUUUAUUUUUAUUUUUUUCAUUUUAUUAAUGUGGUUUUAUACUCCAUUAUAGAUGUGGUACGUCCACGUUCUCAUGUAUCUGUACAGUCAGAAAUUAUGCAAAAUAUCUAAAGUUUGUAUUUAAAACAAAAGUGAAACCACACAAAUCCUGCUUCUGAACACUGAGAUUGUAGUGUUGCGCUUUUUUCAGUGAUAAAUUAAAAUUGGUUUAUAACAAAGA